GUUGUUGACACGGGCUUACAGCUUUCCAGCCGGUUGUGUGAAGGUGUGUUUUUUGCUCGGCGAAAACGCGUAGCCGCAAUUAUUUAUUAAAAAGUAAUUGGUAGUGUAGCCGGUGUGAUACUUAACGUCUUCGUCAAGACACUUAAAUUACUUCUGUAAAGGUAAAAUAUAUAUAUAUAGAGUGAGUUUAUCGUUAAAUCAAAUUGCUAAUAAAUAAAUUCGGCUUAAAUUCAGCGUCUGUCACACAACACACGAUCGUGUGAAAAAAGAGUUCGGGCGGUAGUAGUGCGCACACAUAUAUUCAUACAUACAGACGAAUGACAGAGAAAAAGAUGGAUAGAUAAAUCGAGAGGAGUAAGUACAUACUCUGCACACAAGUAUCUAAGUACGUACUUCUAUAAGAGUGAGUGAGCGGGUAAAAAAUUUAAGAAGAAGACGACGUCGUUCAGAACUGCAAGAUAAAGAGGAACGAUAGAUUGUAUGCCUGUGUCACGGCAUUCCCUCUCUCUUAUUACUCACACAAUUGUUACUUUUUAUUUCGUAAAUAUCUAUUAAUACAUACAUAAAUAUAUACAUAUAUGUGUGUAUAUAUAACGUAUAUGUAAUCCAAGACAACGUGGAAAAAAUUUUGUUGAUAUUUAAAAUUAAAACAGGUAAACUUGAGAAUUUGUCAUCAGAAUAAUGUAUCAGUAACCUGCAGUAACUGAUACUAAAAUAAAUUUCAUUAAAACUCUACCCUACAACACGACACAACGACGACAAAAAUUUUUAUUUGAAUUUACUCCAUCCCGGAAGCGGCGACAGAUCGUCUCCGACGUUUAACGCCGGAGAAAUGGUUUCUUGCACAUGGUGACAUCGCUGCAGAGACUCGAGAAGAAGACGAAGGAGGUGGACCCGGAUGCGGAGACGGAUGAGGUGAAGGCACUAGAUGUGAAGAAGAAGAAGCAGGUGAACGCGAGAAUGACAACAAUUGAGGAAAAAAAACGAGUUGCUGGGUCCAAGGUGUCGGCGAUUGCAAAUAUAUUCCAGUCAAAGCCACAGCAUGAGGGACUUGCCCAUCAUCAUCGACCCACGACCAUUCAUCCGGAGGGUGGAUUCAAGGAGCCACCGGCGCCUCUCUCUGAUUCUCCAACUCAAGUGACUGUUGUUAGGACUGAGAGCCAUGUCGCGAGGUUUAACAAUGCACGAGCUCUGUUUGAAAAGCUUGGCGAGGAAAACAAGACCAAUCGACCUGUAACAAAACCGACAAAUUUUCAUGGAUUGAGAUCACGAUCUAGUUCAGCAAAUUCUGGAUCAGGCUGUACGUCACCUGCUCGAUCACCGCGUCCUACAUCACCUUCGCCACCUGGUAGUUGUCGCGAUCAUUUAAGUAAUUGGAGUGCCAGCGUACCGGCAUUAAAUGCCGAGCGUCACUUUGAAAAUGGCCAUGCUACGGAAAAUAAUAACGCCGCUCAAAGACUAAAGCCACGUGUUGGUGUUGCGUCAAAAUUCGAAAAGAAUUUUCACGGCAAAGAAAAUCGUCGUGAUGAAAAACAGCAAGCAGAGAGACCAGAGAAACCAGAAAGACGAUUAAAUUCUAAAGAGUUGAUUGAAAAACAAAAAAAUUGGACCAGCCAUUUUUCUAAAACACGACCUAGCCGUUACAAUUCUGAUCCGAAUAGAUCUGUCGUCCAGACGUCGAUACAGAAUCAAAAUUCAAAGAGACUGAUUGGUGAUAAUUCUAUUGACCCGUCAAUAGAGUCGGAUUAUCAGGAAAUUGACUUUAAAAAAUCACCGGAACCAUGUCCUGCCACGAGAUCUGCAAGUUUUUGUACGUCAAGACCGUCACCGACGAUGUCACCGCCACCGCCAUUACCACCCACUCGAAAUUCAUCGGCUGUGAAGAAGGAGAGACCCGUGAGCUUUGCCGCCACGAGUCCCACGGGAUCAGACUCGCCCGUAAGUCCAGAAUACGCUACAGUAAACAAGUCUUUUGACACGUCACCGACGAUCCCGGAAUACGCGGUCGUACAGAAGGGAAUUAAUGCCAAGCAGCCACCGAAAUCUAACGAACCGAUGCCUGAGUAUGCGACAGUACAAAAACCACUAGGUGGUUCAAAGAAACUUGUUUUAGAUACGUCAUCAAAAUUAUCUUCUAAAGACAACUCUAAAGCAAUUCAACAAGAUGUCAGUAGUCCAUUAUCGAGGAGUAUUAAUUCUAGUCCUACACGUCAACCUCUUCCAAGUCCUCGAGAGUUGUCUAAAGAAUCUUCAUCAUCGAGUCCUGAUCACGAUGAAGAAGUCGAUAAUCAAAAAUACGAUCUGCUGGAGGUUGACGACUGCCCGAUUCUUCCGGCGAGUCCGAUUCGUGCGCCACCCAAAACAUCUGAAUGGCGGAAUGUUUGGCUCGCGAAAAAUGAAGAGAUUCUCAAGAACGUGUCGGAAUUAAAAACGACUACGACAAUAACAUCAACGACAACGGUAACUGCCGAAGAGAUAAUUGAACGCACGAGUUCACGCCCAGACUGGGCGAAACCUCACGUCGAGGUCGGCGAGUCAAAGCGUACCAGGUCACCGGAAAAUGAAUUACGUCCACCAUCGGCAACUGACAGCGCUUCAUCGAGCAUGAGUUCACCCAGUUCGCCAUCCAAAGAUAGCAAAGAAGAGAAAGCUGAGAAGGAGCUACCGGAAAAGCUUCAGUAUGGACGCAACAGCUAUGACCUGGAGACGGAGGCUAAUGACAAACCGAGUGUCUACACAGAGGUGGCGCGUGAAGAGGAGGAAGAAGAGGAAGAGGUAGGAAGUGCUGAGAAAUUUGUCGAGACUGAUGCAGCGACUGUUGUGCGACGAUCUCAUGUACGGAUGGACCUGCCAGCAGCUGGGUUAGGACAACGUCCACCCUCUGUUAUUAGUUCUGACCAGGAAUUUCCACCGCUUGAGCACAAGGACAUACCAGUGCCAUCUCCUUACGCAAGACGUUUGCAACAACAGCAAGAGAACAAACCGCAGACUCAACCUAAGCCUGAAUUACUCCUCGGUGUUAAAUUUAAUGCUGAGCAAAAAGAUAAAUCAAAAUUUACAACAGAACAGAAUACAAAUUCUGUCGUGAUGGAAGAGCAUCAGCAGACACGCAAGACAUCGCGUGUUAUUAGUGUUAAAAAUGCUUUAGAAAAAGAAAAACAAUUUUUAAAUGAAAAACAGUGCCAAAAAACUAUUUCAAAUGCUAAAAAUGAUCAAAUAAAAAUGUCUAUGAGAGAAAAAUCAGUAGUAGCUAAAGGAAUAAAUAAAGAUGAUGUUGUUGUUGACAAACGUUCGAGUUUUGUGGAGGUCGAAAAGCCAAUAAAUCAAUCGUCAAGUCUUCCGACCAGUCAAUUUACGAGUAAUUUAUCUGAACGACUUGAUAGUAGCAAAGUUGAUUGUAAAGUUAAUAAUAUUUCUACGAAAAGUAAUUUAUUUAAUACUAAUACUACAACUGCUGCUGUUACUGCUGCUGCUACUUCUCCUGUUGCUGUGGCUGCUGUUGAUGUUACCGACAAAGUAUCAUUUGACAGCGAUGCCGAGCAAAUACAAACAACGUGGGAACUUGAAAAGCAGAAGGCUGAUCAAUUGGCAGCACUAAGAUCCGCUGAAGUAAAUAAUGACCAGGCAUCCAAAAUACCGAUCAAAUCUCAUUCGCUUGUUUCUGCGGUUGUUGCUCAAUUUCAAUCUAAAGAUAAUGUUACUAACAGUGUCACUACCACUGCUACUGAAAUACAUCAGCGUGAAUCAGAGAAUAGUCUCAAUGAAGACACAGACUCGAGUGAAUCCAAGACUGUGAUUAAUUUGGAUGAUCAAAAGCAUCAAGUGCCGGAAUUAAUUAAUGAUAAUGCGAGUAACAAAAAAUAUGAAACUCCAGUAGCAAAAGGUAUACCUGCAUCAAGUACUGUGACACCGGACACAAUGACAGCUGAUGAGGCUGAAAAUCUCCUGAGUUCACGGAUACUUGAGAAGAAAAUUCGUCAAGGAUCGGCGUUGCUGUCAGACGAGGAGGCGCAGGAAAUAGCCAGGUUACUGUCACCAACAGCAGUCUCUCCGUCAGCUGUCAGUCCUGCUACUGCCACUGCUGCUGCUGCUGCUGCUGUUGCGGAAAAAAUUUUGGCAAAAGAAAAGGAACUGGAAAAAGAUAAAGAUAAAGAUAAUAAAGAGAAAGAAGAGUUGGACAAUACACCAGACUGGCUGUCAGAUGUACUGUCAGCACCGGAUACUAGUUUAAUCAACAGCACUGCUCAAGAUUACAGUUUCUCACAGCGUUCGCGUAGUGAUUUAACAAUUGACUCGCUGACAGAGAGUCAAAUUGGCUCUGUCACCGGUAGCGAGAGUGGACUGCUCGGGUCUGUCAGUAGUUUGAAUGACACUCAUGAGGCUAAUGAUGAUACAGAGACUGAACAACGUGAUGAAGUGACACCGGUACCUGGUAAAAUAAUUCUCGUGGAAGAUGGAAAACAUUUCUAUGAGGACGGGCACUUUUGGAUGGAAGUGGAAGGACUUCCGGACUCUGAUGAUGAGGAUCUGGGUUCGGUUGCUGUUAAGAAAAGUGGAAAAGUUUCGUUUGACACACGUCCAAUGCGUAUAUACUCAACCCACUCAGUCAAUGAAUACGAUCGUCGUAAUGAAGACGUUGAUCCUGUGGCUGCUAGUGCUGAGUACGAGUUGGAAAAACGUGUUGAAAAAAUGGAGGUGUUCCCAGUUGAAUUAAUGAAAGGUCCCGAGGGUCUCGGCUUGAGUAUUAUCGGUAUGGGUGUAGGUGCCGACGCAGGUCUUGAAAAACUCGGUAUAUUUGUAAAGACAAUCACGGAAAAAGGCGCGGCAUCGCGUGAGGGAAGAAUUCAAGUGAAUGAUCAGAUCGUUGAAGUCGAUGGCAAAUCAUUAGUCGGUGUAACGCAAGCUUACGCAGCCAAAGUACUGAGGAAUACUUCAGGAUUAGUGCGAUUCGUUAUUGGCAGAGAACGUGAUCCUAAAAAUUCCGAGGUCGCUAUGCUGAUACGACAGAGUCUCCAAGCGGAUUUGGAGCGCGAGCAAGCCAAUAAUGCUGCCAACAGAAGAUUGAACUUCUCUGACGCAUCACCAGAAGGUCCUCAACGAGAAGAACACACACCUGAGAAUACCAGUAGACUAGGCGGUAUUCCAAGUUCUCCAACGAUGUCUUCUUGCUCAGAAGGCGAACCACCGCACAGUCCAAUAGAAAGUUAUCUUUCACCGGGAAAUCGAAGUCGUUCGCCCAUCAUCAGCUCGUCUGGAGGACACGCGACAACUCAAAACGACGUGGAAAGUCUGCGAGCACUUCUCCAAGAGACUCAAUGUAAACUAUCGAUUGCCAAUGAAGAAGUGGAAACGCUCAAGGCAAAGCUGGUAGAGUUGGAGAAUAGCGGAGCUGGCAGUGACGAGUAUGCGGCAAAAUUACGAGAAUCGAGACUGCGACAGCAUGAAUCCGAACGAGCACUUGGCACUGCGAGACAAGAACUAUCGGCAACUAGAGAAAUGUUGUCACAAUCUACGGCACAAACGACGACGUUUCAACAAAAGUAUGCAAGAGCUAAACGAUUGGCGCGAGAAUUAAGAACUGAUAUAGCCGCGAGAGAUGAAUUUUAUCAGCAAUUACUCCAAGAGAAAGAUACUGAGUACAAUGCUCUUGUUAAAACUCUUAAAGAUCGGGUUAUUAAAUUGGAGCUUGAACUGACGGAAACGCACACGAGGUUCGGUUUACCCGUCCGAUUGCCAUACGACGGCUCAACCAAAGGAAUAGUAACACCCCAGUUAUCCAGACGUCAAUUACCACCACCUCCAUCGUCUGCAAGUUGUCAACUGUCUGACACAGAGACAUCAGAUUUGAGUAGCCCGGAUGACGGAGAUAAAACAGCGACUGUUGAAAGAAAAUUACCUCUGCCUAUUCCAAUAAAAGAAGAGUUAGAUCGAGCGAUACCAGCGCACCGUCUUCUAGAUAAUUCAGCCGGUAAAAAUAAAGCUGAGCUGGCCAGUAGAGGCGGACUUGCCAAUCGCCAGCUGCCAAAGCGUUCUGGAGGAUUGAGUAACAGCAGCUCGGACUACGGAUUAGACGAGUCAGGGGACAAUACCGACACUGAAGACUCAUCUAAAAUUGGUGGCACAUCCCAUGAUACCAGUACUAGAUCAACAAGCGAGUCAUUGAAACAAUCAAAUCUAAGCUCGUAUUCAAGCAGCUCUUCAAUAUGCUCACAAAAAAGUAAACAGUAUUUUGAAUCAACGCACUCGACGAUUCGUCAGCACAGUACAAUAAGUUCUCAAGUACGAGCAAUGACUGAACAAAGUUGGUCGGCGUCACAGAAAAGUCUUAUCGGCCAUCCGCCGUCACUGGCUGAGCAGUUGAAAAAAGUUUUAGCUGAAAGAGAGAGGCGGCUGGGAGGUGAUAUGUCAUCGUCACGUGAAAAUUCUGGUGAUUUCACGGAUCUAAAUAAUCCGCACAGUGAUCCAACUGCUGUGGGCCAUCAUCUUAUUGAGGAAAUACGUCAAGCUGUUAAUGAAGCGAGUCAACGGGUAAAAAUUGCUUCAGUACCUAUGCCAGCGGGACCGGGUAACACACCUUGGCAUCAUCAAGGCGGCUCACCGUCCAGCUUAUCAUCGGGUGGAUCUAUAAGUCCAACAGCCAUCGAGCCCAGUCCGUCCAAAAUCGGCAGCGUUGAUUCCGCGGAAGUUUGGAUGCCACCCAACCCCGGUGAUUUUGGUCUAGACAAAAAAAUAUUCUGGCAAACUGCUUCCAUCACUGAUUGGUCUAAGGAACAGGUUUGCCAAUGGCUUACGGGGAUUGGUCUAGAACGAUUUACUUCACGUUUCGUCGACAAUGGAAUCAACGGCAGCAGUCUACUACGUUUAGAGUCGCGUGAUUUAAAAACCCUGGGGAUUUUUGGUGAUGAGAAGGCGCAUCUUAAGAGAAAACUAAAAGAACUGCGAGGUCAGGCUGAGCGUGAGCGUAAAGAGCGAAAAGAAAUUGAACGAGUGCGAAAAAAAGCCGAGAAAGCCGCGCGAAAAAAAUAAAUUAUAAUUAAUUAAUUAACUAAUGAUUAUACUUUUACUGAUGAUGAUAAUAAUAAUUAUUAUUAUAAUGAUGAUGAUGAUGAUUAUUGACGGAACGAAAAAUCGCUCACUGUUUACUGUAAUAACGCAAUAAUACUUGUGUGUUAUUUUUUUAUAAAUUUUUAGCUCGUUAUUGUCAAAAUUUUAGUGCUACUCUCAGUGGUACCUUCACGAGAGCUUCCCAGUGGUGGACGCCCAAGUAUUUUUCGAUUUAUAUAUACAUAUAUAUAGAUAUUUUUAUUAUUUUUUUUCUGUUCUAUAUUUUCAUAAUCGUUCCGUUCCUCCGUGCGACGAUUGAUGAUUUUAUUAAAAAUAUUCUUUUUAUCAGCCGAUCAACGCGAUUGUUAAAAUUUAUAAUUAUAAUAUUUUUGUAUUUAUCGUUAUGAAAGCCAUUUUGUAAUUAAUUAUGGCCGUUUAAUUAAUUUUGUUAUGCUUGUUUUUUAUUAUUUUUUUUUCUUGUUUUUUUUUUUACGACCAAUGAGCCAUUUAUUUUAUAUUACAUUAACUCGUUCUCGUAUAUAUAUUUAUCUUGAUAUUUUGACGGCAGUGCACACAUCGUCGCAUGUUAAUAAUACAUAAUUAAAAUAAUAAUAACAAUAAUAAUAAUGUUAGUAAUAAAAAAAAAUAAUACAGCGUAAAAUCAUUAACUUAAAAUUUGAUCUAAUAUUAUAAAUAAUUAUAAUAAUAAUUAAUAAGUAAUUAUAUAAGUAUUUCAUACGUACGAUAUAUAUAUACCGGAUAAGUUUAUUUAUUUUUGACGAUUAAUUUCAAGAUAUUUACGGUAUUAUCAUAGAUAAUAAUUACAAUUUAUAAUAAUAAUUAAUUUUUUUUUUAUUAUUAUACGAGUUUGAUUAAAAAAAAAAAAUGUGAAUGUGUUUUUUGUUUGUUUGUUUUAUGUGUUUUAAAAAAUUAAAAAAAAUAUCAACGAAGAACCUCUUUGUAACGGCCGAGUGCCGUGGAUAUAGUCGUUAAUUUAGUGUAUAUCAAUUUGUAGAAUGAAAAAAUUAAUAAUUAUAAUUAAUAAUAUUAAUUAAUAUGAAAAAAAAAGUAAUUAAUGGAAUAACGAACGAUUUAAAAUGUAUGAGAGUAUACUUUGCGUUAAUUAAUAAUUUUUGCUCAAAGAAUUCUCCAUAUCAUAGACCGGAUGAAUAAAUUAUUUAAUACAUCAA